UAUUUCAUUCGGUCCGCAAGCUUUUCUACAUUUGAUUGUUGCAAUCGCUAUCACUAGCUCAUCUAUUGUUAAUAGGUCGAUUUCGAUUUUCUGGUCAGGUGUUUUUUCUUCGUGGCUCAAUGCUUUGUGAUACAAUCACGGUGUAUGAAAUAUACAAAACUCUCUGGAAGAACACAUUUAUAUACUCUCUGGGACAGCGCCAAAUCACGUGAUAUAGUUUGAUUUAUAAAGCGGUGCUAUGUGUUUGCGUACUAUUCAGACUUAACCUCAAAAAGUAAUUUCAGUUGGAUCAAGCGAGAUUGAAGAAAACAAUUCAACAGCAUUUUGAACUAUAAUAAUGGAAGAUACCGCAAUCUUCAAUGUUCAAGAACAAUGGUUGAGGCCUCUUCGUUGCGAAUUAAAUGUAUUAUCUCGCCCGGAUGGCUCAGCAAUGAUUACUCAAGGGAAUACAGCCGUUGUUGCAGCAGUAUAUGGUCCAGUGGAUGUCAAACCUCAAAGGAUUCUUGUGGAUAAAGCGAGCAUCGAGACAGUGUACAAGCCAAAAAGUGGAUUACCCAAUGUAGCAGAUAGAAUGAGAGAAACUAUUAUUAAAAAUACAUGUGAGACUGCCUUGCUGUCUGCAAUCCAUCCAAGGACUGCAGUAUGUAUUGUAUUGCAGGAAAUGCAAGACUCUGGAGGUUUGUUGUCAUGUUGUAUUAAUGCUGCUUGUAUGGCAUUAAUGGAUUCUGGGAUAGCUAUGAAGUUUCUUGUUGCAGCUGGAAGUAAAGCAUCAUUAACCUUUGUGUUUGAUAGUGCAAAGAAAAAUCUGGUAGCAUCACACACCUCAGGUGUAUUUUCUCAAGAACAGUACCAUGAAAGUCUUUUAAAAUGUCGUCAAGCCAGUUGUGAAAUAUUUGAAUUUUACAGGUCUCUAGUUAAAAAAUACAUCAUAUGCAUUUGAAUUCAAAGUACAAACAAGAAGAAAAAUUUUCAAACAAAUACUUGAUAAGUGGAAAUGUAAUUACGUAAUAUGUACAAUAUAGUCUUUUUUUUAUAUAAAAGUUACUGUACAUGUGAAAUAAAC